AUGUCCCAAGCCCAUCGACCCACUUGGAACCCAACCCAGGGCCGAGAAACCAAAGCAGGUUCUCAGCAAAUAUCCAAGCUCGCCCUCGCCUCACAUACCAAAUUGAAAUUCCGUCAACCCGGUCAGACAAACAGCUCUGAUGUGGCUCGAAGAGAUCUAAAAGCUGAACUGGCAGCAGCAGAGAGGAAUGCAUUGGAGAAGAAAAGAAAGGCUCAGGGUUUACCACCUUUACCACCUAUCGAGGGAGCAUUGAGGAUAGAGAAUGGCAGUACCCAAACGGAGGAAGAUGAAGUAGCGGCUAAACGACGGAAAGUGUUGGAAGAGGCUGCUGAGUUGGAUAAGGAUGACGAGAGUGAUGAAGAGGAAAUUAAAGAUAAAGGGAAAGGGAAGGAGGUUAACGGAGAUGCGACACAGGUUGAUGAUGAUGACGACGACGACGAUGAUUCGGAUGACGAUUCGGACGACGAAGAUGAUACAGCGGCGUUGAUGGCUGAAUUGGCGAAGAUCAAGCAGGAAAGAGCAGAGGAGAAAGCGAGACUCGAAGCAGAAAAUGCCGCUUCAUCCGCUCAAUCCCGCGAAGCUGAAAUCGCUCUUGGAAACCCUUUACUCAACCUUCAAGCUGCCCUUGGUCAAUCGCCUUCCUCACCUUCUUCUACUCUAGGGUCCACAACCACAGCAGGGAGCUUCACGGUGAAGAGGAGAUGGGACGAUGAUUUGAUUUUCAAAAAUCAAGCUUCGGGUUUGAAUGAUAAACCGAAGAAAACGGAGUUUGUUAAUGAUCUGUUGAGGUCAGAGUUCCACAAGAAAUUCAUGAAUAGGUGA